GUGACGAGACGAUUCAUGUACCCUGGAUGUGAUUGCGAAGACGUCUGCUCCGUCGGUUGUUUGUGCCUUUUGUCCAAUGGUUCUGUUUGUAAUAGCGAUGGCUGUUUAAUCUCAACUGGAGAGGACGGCGGACCGCUACUAGAGUGCAACUCAAACUGUUCAUGCAACAGCAACUGUCCAAACAGAUGCGUCCAGAGCGGACGAGGAUGCAAAAAUCAUUUACAAGUGUUUCAGACGGCACGGAAAGGUGUAGGAGUGGUGACCAAGCAAGCCAUCGCUCAACAUCGAUACGUAUGUGACUACAGCGGGGAGAUUAUUCGCAAGUCAGAGGCGACGCGGAGAGCAAAGAUAUACGGCAGAGACGAAGCAAAUUACAUUUUCACACUAAGAGAGCAUGUAGCAUCAAGAGGAAUCAUAUGCACACUCCAUUCUACCCACGUUGGCAUUGUUCGCUGUCAGAAAUAUAGAGGCAGACGAGGAACUGGUAUUUGACUACAGUGGAGGGGAACAAGAAGAUGAAGCAAACUACGAGGGAUGUGAUAGAAUUGUAUGCUACUGUGACUCACAAAAUUGUAGGGGAUACCUGCCAUAUAAUAAGACACUAUUCUAAGGUCUAAGGCUACUCCCUGAAGCAAGCGUUUCAGAUACAGUACAGUGGACACUACUAUAUAACAGGCAUGCACAAAUCCACUAUAGAGCACAGUUAGAUAUGAUGAUACUGAUAGAGGUCUGUUUUAAUCCGUUCUUAAUUAAUGCUGCUCAUGAGACAUGA